AUGUUCGACAUCAACGUCCCCACGCAAUUCGGCAAGGGCACUGUUCGCAUUGCGCUGCCCCCAGCGUCGCUCUUCCGUUUCCCUCCAGCUCCCCUCCCCGCGACCAUCCCAGCGCCGCAUGUCGACGAGCUCUCCUGGAAGCAACCCUUCAAUAUUCCGGAUGAUCUUUAUAACCAGCUGUUGGAUGUGCGGGUGCCAAUCACCAUCGCUAGUGUCUAUGCUGUGACCGUUGUUCUGAUCAAUCGCAUCAACAAGAGCCGCGGGUACAAGGCCUAUGGUUUCAGUCAUUCGCCCCUCUUCAAGCUUUUCGUCGUGCUACACAAUGUCUUCCUGGCGAUCUACUCCGCAUGGACUUUCAUCGGAAUGUUCCAGGCCUUCGGCGAUGCCUGGGCGGAUCGGGAUCAGCCCAAUGGCCUGGUUGGAGUGGUGGACUCUCUGUGCAAGAUCAACGGCCCUCGCGGAUAUGGAAAUGCUGCCACUUACAGUUCGGUCACCGAUCAGUGGUCCAUCCCCAACCCGGAGUAUAAGUUGACCGGCGGCCUGCCCGACCCCACCGACGUGGGACGCCUGUGGAACGGCGGCCUGGCUUACUUUGGCUGGAUCUUCUACCUGUCCAAGUUCUACGAGGUCGUUGACACUGCGAUCAUCCUGGCCAAGGGCAAGAAGAGCUCAACUCUGCAGACCUAUCACCAUGCGGGUGCCAUGAUGUGCAUGUGGGCUGGUAUUCGCUACAUGGCUGCUCCCAUUUGGAUCUUCACUCUCGUUAACUCCGCUAUUCAUGCGAUGAUGUAUACCUACUACACCCUUACCGCUCUGCGCAUCCGUGUCCCGAAUGCGAUCAAGCGCAGCUUGACCACCAUGCAGAUUACGCAAUUUGUCUUCGGUACCAACAUGGCCGCCGCCUACCUUUUCGUGCACUACACCAUUCCCUAUCCCGUCGGUAGCAGCGCCCUGAAGCAUUUGACCAAGGCCGCCCCCGCCGUGGCCACCGCGGUGGCUGAGACCGGCUCCAUUCCUUGGCUCAAGAAGCUUGCUCUGCGUGCGGCUGGUGCUGAAGGUAUUGCCGAGAACGUCGGUGGUGCCGUGACUGCCCCUGCUGCCCAGGUUGGCUACACCCAGGAGAUGACCACCUGCGUCGACACCUCUGGUCAGGCUUUCGCCAUUCUCCUCAAUGUUUCAUACCUGCUGCCUUUGACCUGGUUGUUCGCGCGCUUCUUCGUGCGAUCCUACAUGAAGCGCAAGGACCCGAAACAGCCCACUCACAUGGAGGCCGCUGAAAAGGCUGGUAUGGAUGCUCUCAAAGGUGUCGGCCGCGAGAUUCGUCGCGCUGCGUUCGAGGGCGAGAACAGCGAGAACACCGAGAAUACCGAUGAGGAUGUUGUCCGGGCCAAGGUCCAGAAGCUUGCCGCUCAACUCCCCACUCAGGACUCGCCCAUCCGCACUCGUGCCUCUGCCGCCAACAAAGCCAAGACCAAGGCUGCUUCCGUCAAUGCUUCGACUGCCACUCCUUCUCAUGAUCGGUCGGCAAACGAAGGCUUCUCCACGGUUCCCGCGAAGAAAGGUGCCAAGAAGCUGACCAAGAACGACGUCGAACCUGCUCCUGCUUUGUCAGAAACCAAGGGACAGAAUCCGUUUGGCGUCCUGGACAACAAUGCUUGA